UCAAUCAUAAGAUAUCGUGCUAUAAAGACAAGUUGCUACGCAAAGAAAUGGCAUCCUUCAAGUUGAUAUUUACUUUGGCCUUUAUAGCCAUAAUGGCAUUGGCUAAUCUACCUUCAAUGGCUGAGGCCCAGAGACGUAAAUGUCCUGAUGUUUGUACUUUCAUCUACAGUCCUGUUUGUGCUACACUGAACAAUGGCAGCAGAAGACAAUUUUCUAAUUCAUGCACUUUGGAUGUUGCUGUUUGUAAAGAAAAUCUUCGCGUCAAGUCUUCCAGGCCAGGAAAAUGCUAAGGAAUGGAUAUACGGUCCAUACAGCUUUAUCAUGGAAUAUUGAUUAAAUUGUGAAUGUAAAUAAAGGUUAUGAAUGACAAUUAAAAAAAUGUUGCGAGCAAUGUUGUGGCGUUGUGAAUAGGCCAAAAUUUUCAUAGAAUGAAUUCAUACUCGUAA